AAUUGCCAAAGAAAAUUCUGUCAAAUAUGUAGUUUCUGCUUUUAUGAUUUAAAUUAUUUUUGGGUAUUUUGUUCAAAAUCUGUAGUUGGUUAUUUUAGUUUUUAAAGUAAUUUGUGUGUAAAAAUAAAAAUCGGAUAUGUGUGAUAAUUUGAAAACGGAUCGCAUAAGAUGCGAAGCGUGCCGUACCAUCAAUUUGGCAAAACAUGUGAAGCAUCCCAAACCAGACAUGCAAAUUUACGAGAAAUGCAGUCCAGCGGAGAGAGUGGACUGUUCACGCAUUCCAGAACUCGCACUGAAUCCAACGUGUAUCAAGGUGUGCAGCAAAGAGGAGUACAAGCUUAGAAAGAGCGGGAAACCACUGACCAUGCCUAAACUGCCAUUGCCAUACGCGCAUGGGAAAUUAAUGUACGCUAUCAAAGCUGGACUCCUAGUAGGCGCUGUUUACUUCACGUAUACACAAGGAGUAUGGGGCGACCAACAAGAUGUGACAGAAUGCAUACGUCGUUGGCAGGAAUAUACUCGUAGUAUUAACACUAGACAACCGCCCACCUUCGAUAAAUGUGGUAACGUUGUUAAAAAAGAAAACAGUGAAAGUUUACUGGCGCCUGCAUAUUCUUUAUACAAGGACAUCGUUACCUCUUGUUUUUCGGGAGUCGUUAAAGUGCCUUUACUGGUCAAAUGCGCUUAUAUUGAUUAUCUAAAAGCUUUAGCAAAGAAGGAAGAAGAAGCAAAUAAGGAAAGAAAAAUUAAAAAGAAUGGAUGAAUAAAGAAUGCAGAAAACUAGAUUGUUAUUGUAUAGUCCCAUUGUGAACUGCUCUAAUUAAAUUAAAGUAUAAUUUUACAAAAAUGUAACUGUGAGAGGUUUUUGUAAAGAAAAAUGCAAUGUUAAUUAGAACAAAUUGUUUGUAUUAAAAUAUAAAAAUAAAUUGUCUGUUACGUCAAACGGCUUAAUAUUUAUUAAUAAAAUAUGGAAACAAUUGUUAUUGCACGUUUUACUUUAUUGCACUUAAUAUGUAUAAGCUAUAUUACUAUAAAGUUCAUCAAAAUCCGUUCACUAAUCUUUGCGUGAAAGAGUAACAAGUAUCCAUCCAUACACACAAUCUUUAGCGUUCAUAAUAUUCAGUAAGAUUUUAUAUGCUCAAUCAUUAAUCCAAAAUCUUAUUAAUUAUCAUUCUUUCUACAAAUUUUUAUUUUAUUUUGAUACCCCUGUUUUAGACUUUUUGUCUGUUGUACCGGGCCCUUUUGAGAUUUACAUAUAUAUUUCAUUAUUCCUGGUUUUGUUGAAUAUUCGUAUAACUUUCCUGCUCUAGUCACAACCUCUAUGAUACCAUUUAGAUUAGCAUAUAAAUACUUAUAAAGUCAAACAAAAUAGUUUCCAAUUAUAUAGAACGUCGACGAAUAGAUCAUAGAAAGACUUAUUAACCUGAUUUUCAUUAUUUAGUGCAUAAGUACAACUAAGUAAAACCGAAAACAUAAAUAAUUAG